CUCAACUUAGACUCUUCACUGCUGCAAACAAGAACAAAAAUACCAAAAGACCGCCAGCAACUACCUCGAUUCAGAUGAUCGAAGCAGUUAAAAAUCACACGCACACACACGACUCGAUGAAGAAAAUGGCCCCAACAACUACAUUCGUCUCCGGUACGACAACUCGUGUCCGCGCUAAUUUCAUGCUCAACAUGAGAUCUGCAGCUUUCCUCCACAUAUUCCACCUAGGAGGUUUGUUGUUGUUGACAAUGACAACCGGUCAAUCUCCCUAUUCGACGACAGGUGGAGCCGGCGUGGUCCACGCUCUCGACCGUCAUUUUUGUUGGGUCGGUGGAGUGAGCAAACAAGAUUGUUGCGAUGUCGAACGGUUUGGUCCUACGGGGAAUUCAGCAUGCUGGCAAGAAGAUUUUUCCUUCACCCGUUGCUGCGAUCCUGAAAUGCAAAGGCUGGAGGAUACGUGGGGACCCAAAUUGUUGUUAAGGCUAGUCGUGUCAAGAAGAAGGACUAGGAGUUACUAGUAGGAUUAAGAACACUAUUUAUUUCUAUUAUAUCCUUUUCUCUUUUCUAUCUUCCUCUGGUCUUUCUUUUUUCUAGUUAGGUCGGCUCCGCCUUUUCUCUUUUCUAUCUUCCUCUGGUCUUUCUUUUUUCUAGUUAGGUCGGGGGCUCCGCCACAUUUAUUAACACUAGGACGACUAACACUAUUAUGGAGACACUGUGCUCCUGCGUGGAAUAUUUCCCCAUACUUAAUUCGUAGUGAACUGGCUGGCUUUAAUGUUGCGGAAUCUAGAAAGCACACCCUAUGAAGAGCUCGAGAGCAGUUUAAGGCAGAGCCUGACACAAGUCGAGAAUCGAACCAUGUCGGCUCAAGGGAGUGCGGUGUUUUUAUGGAAAGGAUAAGUUUGACGUAGUUCACGUUCUUCAGAUUCAAAAAACACCCUGGUCGUGCAAUGAAUGUGAUGUAGUUCUUAAUAUCUGCUAUGAUAGGGACAAAUGCCAAUUAGAACUUUCUUAUCUACCUCACGAAUGUGUAUACCACUUCCACUACUAAAAAUACUAUUACUACUACCUGCCUCAACAGACACGCUCACACACCCGUGCUGUUUCGUCUUUUCCUGGUCCAAGAUCAAGAUCAACUACAUCUCCUAAUCUGCCUGAUUCUCCUCCUCCGAUUACGGCAGAGAUUCGCAGAAGCUGAGCAGAUUCCCUUACCCUCCAGCCUAGAUAUUGCAGAGGACACAGGUGCAUGGCGUGGCGCGGAUGCCGUAGGCUUUCAUAUGCAUGACACUCUGCUGUCCGAUGCCAUCUGGGAACUUGUGAAAGGCAAGUACAAUGCCGGGAGUGUGUUCGACUUCGGAUGUGGGGUUGGCUACUAUGUAAGGGACUUGAGGAAACGAAGCCAUGCGGCUGUUGCGAGACAACAAUAUAAUCAUCUUCAGCAGGCGACUCCUACUCCUUCUAGUACAACUGGUGCUCCUCCUGGUUCUUUAUCUCCAUUCGUGCCACUUCAAGCAGGCGGCGUCGACGGCAACCCAGAUACGGUUGAAUUAUCACAAGGUCGUUGUGCGGUUGCGGAUCUAUCGAAGAGACUGGAAUUGGGGUUUGCGUAUGAUGCGGUGCUUUCUCUGGAAGUCGCGGAGCACAUACCUUACGAAUUUGAGGCUGUUUUUGUGGAAAAUUUGGUCCGACACGCUUCGCAUUUGCUCAUCCUCUCAUGGGGCGAUCAACCAGGGCACGGACAUUUCAACAUUAUGGGAGAACGAAUCUUUUGUUAAUAGAGCAGCACUUUUUUACGCCUUUAAUAUUUAAGGAAAUAAGUACUUAAAGUAGAGACGAGGAAGUGGAAUUUCUUGUACUUAUCUUCCGUACUACGUACUAGAUAUAGCAUGAGGAAUCAUUUCCCAGCAAAGUCUCUAAUCUCAACAAAGGAACAGAGGAAGUGGUUGCGUUAUUCGAGGACAAGGGCUUUGCACUCGACGAAACCGAUACGCAGUUUUUGCGAGAGCAGGCAUCCUUUCCCUGGUUUAAACAAACACUACAUGUUUUCAGACGGCGGGGGUUGUACAGAUGAAGAUGACCACUUCUGAGGCCGCGACUUUACUAGUACAUGAUGAUGUUGAAGUUGAUGUCAUAUGCUAAUGCAGCUCUUCACAUCACCUUGUAUAAUUAUAUUUUAUGAACUUCUGCUCGUCGUUAAUUUCGUUCUUGCGUACAAAUAAGAGGAGCCGCGACCGGGACAGGCGACGUGGC